CUAUCUCGAGUAUACGGCGGAGUAUAAAAAUUAAGGCUUUCCAACCCCCAAGCAGCACCCCACGAAGCACUAAGCAAGCUCGGAUCACUGGAGACAAGGCUCAAAAUUUCUCAGCAGCAGGAGAUUGUCGUGGAGGAGGUAAAACUCGACGGACGGAGUACUUUUUUUCUGGCGUUUUUCCCGUAAGGUUACUUGAUGAUGUUGGGCCACCUCGUUUCAUUCUCUGCUGCCGAGCGUUCUUGGCCGCCAGGGAAGGGAAGAAGGAAGAUUCAACUUCCACCACCACCGCGUGUUCUCCCCACACCAGCGCUAGCUAGGGCGCCCCCAGCUGUCUGGCCUCCAAAACGCGGAGUUGGAUCCUGGUCUACGUUUCCCGCCGUCGCAGAAAACCGCUAGAAGCGCCCCGCUUGUCUGGGCGUACCAAUCAAACCAUUAGCCGGAGACAUUGACUUCGCUGGUAUCUUGUUUGAGGGAAACUGUUCGCCGAAUAGCUCUUCUCCCCCGCAAACGGUACCACUCCAGGGGGAAAGUAAAUUGACCGCCUGCCAGCGAUACUCUCGGCUGGGGGGGAAGGGAGGGAAAAUGGACCCCCAACAUCUGCCUCUUCUCAGGUUUGGACGGGACGGGACUACGAAAGGUGGGCUGCAUACUCCGUACAUGAUAUGAUACAUGUGGCAACCUGGGCGUUUGACGGGCCUCGAAGCGCACAGCUAACUAACCCCCACGCCCGCCGUCAUAGCUCUAUCUCAGCUAGCUUUCAGCCUUCAGGAUUUCUGAUCAACAAUAUCUGACUGAGGAAGGGAAAGGAGAGAGAGUUUCCGCUCAUCCACCUCGUUAUCACCCAGCAGCUAGAGCGGAAGGGAGAGAGACUUAUUCGCUUACGCUGCGAAUCUCCUCGUGUGUCUGUCCAACACCAUUGGAUAGUAGCCUGGGAAAAAGGGUGUAUCUUUCUCUCUCCUCGACCUAAUUCCCCGUGAAUAGGAAGCUUGGAAGAUCGUAAGCUAGGGCGAAAUAAUCAUCUGUCGCGUAUAUAUAAAUCCCCCCAGCUCUCCUCCCUUUUUUCUCAAUCCUCGUGGCCUUUCAGAGUAACAACCUUGCUCUAUAUCUUUGCGAAGCAGAGGCAUUGAUCCCUGGCCAUCAACUCCCCCACCUCCCCUCCCCCCUACAUCCUUUGUCUUUCAGUCCCCCUUCAGCAAAUAAUUACCUAGCUACCGAACCACCGGUACAGGUUUAUUAUAUUAUUCAAAAGAGACUCACUCGUCCUUUUAUCUGCCAUUACAAAAACCCUAUCCGGCAUCAAUCCGACAUGACUUUGGAUAAACCAGCAGCAGUCGACCACAAGACUGCGGUCGAUGACAUUUCCAAAGAUGAGCUGGCUUACGAGUCCGCGGGCCAGCUAGAGAGGAACUCAUCCCAGGGUGACGGGAAAUACGAUGAGACCACUGCGGUCAUCACGGACCACAAGGCAGAGCGAGCUCUAUGCAGGAAGUUUGAUGUCCGCCUGAUGCCUGUUUUGGCUAUCAUGUAUCUAUUCAAUGCGCUAGAUAAAGGCAACUUGGGCAAUGCCCAGACCGAUGGUUUGAGCACAGAUCUCAACUUCAAGGAGGGCCAAUACAACCUUCUGCUCUCCAUUUUCUUUGUCCCUUAUGUGAUCUUCGCUCCACCAGUUGCUAUGCUGGGCAAAAAGUUCAACCCUGCCCGCGUUUUACCCAUUCUUAUGUUCACUUUCGGCUUAAUGACUCUUCUCUCCGCCACCGCUAAGAACUUCAGCGGCAUGUUCGCCCUGCGCUGGUUCCUUGGGAUGGCAGAAUCUGGCUUCUUCCCACUGGUGAUCUACUAUUUGACGACUUUCUACCGACGUGGUGAGCUCGCGCGUCGUCUCGCGCUCUUCUAUGCGGCGUCCAACAUCGCCAACGCCUUCUCGGGCCUGCUCUCCUUCGCCGUCUUCAGAAUCGAAAAUACCUCCCUGGAGGGCUGGCGCUAUCUCUUCCUCAUCGAAGGAGCCGCCAGUGUUAUCUUUGCAGUCUUCGCAUACUGGUACCUGCCCCUGAGCGCUGCCAAAGCGAAGUUCCUCAACGAGCAGGAAAAAGCCCUGGCCUUCCACCGCAUCCAGGUCGAUUCCAGUUCCGUCGUCGACGAGAAAUUCAGCUUCCGCGAAGCAGUCCGCAUCUUCAAGCAGCCGAUCUCAUAUGCCUUCCUUGCCGUCGAGAUCUGCCUGGGUAUCCCCAUCCAAUCCGUCGCCCUCUUCAUGCCCCAAAUUAUCCAGCGCCUGGGCUACUCCACCGUGAAAACGAACCUGUACACCGUCGCCCCCAACUGCACCGGCGCCGUGAUGCUUCUCGUCCUCGCCUUCUCGUCCGACUUCGCCCGCAUCCGCUUCCCCUUCAUCGUCCUCGGCUUCGUCCUCACCUUCACCGGCUUCAUCAUCUACGCUGCCAUCGACGACGUCCAGGCCCAGAUCCAGGUGGCCUAUUUCGCCUGCUUCAUGAUGACGUGGGGUACCUCUGCCCCCUCCGUGCUGCUGAGUACAUGGUACAACAACAACAUCGCGCACGAGGGCCGCCGCAUGAUGCUUACCUCCGUCGGAAUCCCGCUCGCCAACGUCAUGGGCAUCGUCAGCAGCAACAUCUUCCGGGAAAAGGACAAGCCCAAGUACGAGCCUGCGCUGAUCACGACCGCGUCCUUUGGCGCCGCGGGCGCGCUCAUCGUGGCCUGCCUGGGCUUUUACAUGUUGUGGGAUAAUAAGCGCCGCGACCGCCGGCAGGGCUUCAGCAUCAAGGCGCGGGAUGUGUCGACGAAGAAGUUGAGAGAUGGUCCGGCUUCGGAGGAUUUCCGAUGGUAUCUGUGAUUUGCUUCCUGGCUUGUUUUAACAUUUUCUUUUUUCGUCUUUGAACUAUUUUGAUGGGGUUGAUGGGUUGUCUUGUCCAUAUUGUUACUUCUCGUGCCGGGUUGGGUGGGUGGUUUAUUCUAUCUCUGAUGAUUCUCUGUUCUCCUAUCGAGUCAGUUUUGAAUCGCCCAGCGGCGUGGAGUGUCUUGGAGAGAGCUGCUUGACCUGUCAACGAAAUUUUGCAUCAAAACAUCUGAUUAGUACAGUAUGUAGAUGAACGUGGGCCGGCCCUUUUUAGGGGGUGGGAUGGGAUGGCUCAGCAUUCUUAAUUCAGUUUAAUAAAAAAUCAGCAGUCACUCACCCAAUCGCUCUUUUGAU